AUGAGGGUUCAAGACUUAGCCGAAGAAUUCACCACUCACCGUGAUCAAGUUCAUCAGCGGUUGGAUCAGGUGAAUGAGUCGAUUGAAGUGCGAUAUGCAUCAAUGGAGGCACAACUCAGAGAAUUUAUGUCUCGUUUUCCUCCAACACAAACAACAAAUCCACAUCACUCAUCGUCAUCAAUGGGUUCUGAUGAUCGUGGAUCUCUACGCUUCGUGAAAAUGGAGAUUCCGUCGUUUGAGGGUCAAGACCCUAACAAUUGGAUUUUCAAAUCCGAAUUGUUCUUUCGUCUUCAACAAACUCCGGAUCAUCUCCAGGUCCAGAUCGCAGGCUUAAAGAUGGAUGGUGCUGCAGGGGAUUGGUUCCAAUGGAUUUUUAAUAGCGGUACGGUACAAACAUGGGAGGAGUACACUAAGGCUGUGCGGCGACGUUUUGGGUCGUCACAUUACAGAGAUGUCAGAGGUGUUCUUGCUAAAUUGACCCAAAUUGGUUCUUUGGCGGAUUACAUGCGUGAAUUUCAGAGAUUGAUGAACCAGGUACAUGACCUCAGUGAUAACUUUUUAAUGAUUCUAUUCAUUUCAGGUUUGCAACCUGAUCUCCAGGGAGCAAUUCAAUUACAUUGGCCCACCAGUUUGCAUCAAGCUAUGCAAUUAACAUUAGCUUAUGAUACACAUCAUUCUGAGCUUCGUUCCUCUUUCACAAAUUCUACCAAGAAAUCAUUUCAUCGUCCUGCCUCACCCAUUAAACCAGAUAAACCCUAUCCUUUAACUAUUCAAUCAUCCCAAACACUAGCCUUACCCGCCCCAUCCACAGUACCUGUUCGAAAGUUAUCUACUGAGGAAAUCCGCAAGAAGCGUGAAUUGGGUAUUUGCUUCACAUGUGAUGAAAAAUGGACGGCGAAACAUAGAUGCAAAGCCAAAAUGAUGCUCCUUAUAGGAGAAGUGGAGGAUAUGGGUGAAGAGCAAGAAGAAGAGAUAGUGUGGGGUAUGGAGGAACCCAAGGGCAACAGAAUUGAUGCAACUUUGAAUUCUUUGUCCGGGAGUAAUAAUCCACGAUCCAUACAAUUGCAGGCCAGUAUAGGGAAGCAGGAGGUGAGUGUGUUAGUGGAUUCUGGAAGUUCUCACAAUUUUAUUAGAAGGAGGCUUGCUGAGGAAAUUCGAUUGCCCAUGACAAAAUCUUCCAAGAUGAGGGUCUUUAUGGGCAGUGGAGAAUUUUUACUGUGUGAUAGAAAGUGUUCCAAUGUCUCACUCAACAUUCAAGGCCAUGGCUUUAUCACAGAUCUGUGGGUUAUUGAGUUGAGUGAAUUAAAUGUUAUUCUGGGAAUGCAUUGGUUAACUCAACUAGGCAAGGUCACACAUGAUUAUAACAAUCUAUCCAUGGAGUUUGUUUGGCAAGGAAUACCAGUUCAAUUGAGUGGCUGCCAGCAACAGGGAACAAGAUCAGCAACAGCAGGGAUGCAAGGUGCAUGUAAUACUAUAGCACUGCAACCUAUCGAGGAGGCUCAAGCAAAGGAGAUAGCAUAUCUGGGUCAUGUAGUGACUGUUUCUGGUGUAAAGGCUGAUCCAAGGAAGUUAUCUGCCAUAACCGAUUGGCCUAUCCCUCAAUCUACCAAGCAACUAAGGGCUUUUCUUGGGUUAACAGGAUAUUAUAGGAGGUUUGUACAACAUUAUGCUUCCAUAGCCCAUCCACUAACCGAGUUGUUGAAACAAGACAGGUUUUCAUGGACUAAAGGGGCUGAUGCAUCUUUCCACAAGUUGAAGAUUUCCAUGGCCACAACACCUGUCUUACAUCUUCCAGAUUUUAGCUCUUCUUUUGUCAUUGAAUCUGAUGCAUCAAGUUUUGGUGUAGGAGCUGUCUUAUUACAAAAGGGUCAACCUGUGUCAUUCUUUAGUAAGAAAUUGGGGGUGAGAUUGGCAGCAGCUUCGACCUAUGUCCGUGAGCUAUAUGCACUCACUGAAGCUGUCAAGAGGUGGAGGCACUAUCUCCUAGGGUCUCAUUUUGUGAUAAGGACCGACCAUCAAAGCUUGAGGCAAUUGCUUACUCAAACAAUUCAGACUCCUGAACAACAAAAGUACAUGUCUAAGCUUCUUGGAUAUAGUUUUAGCAUUGAGUACAAAAGUGGACUUUCAAAUGUGAUGGCAGACUCUUUAUCUAGACAACAUGGUGCAAAUUACUGUUUUAACCUUGAUGUCUGA